AUGGCAGCUACUAGUGACAUAUUUGCAUGCUUCACACCUGACCUCCUCCACCAACUUCACAAGGGCGUGUUCAAGGACCACCUCGUCGAGUGGUGCACAACCCUUAUUGGCGCGGAAGAGCUUGAUGCACGUUUCAAGGCCAUGUCCGGAAGCCCAGGCCUUCGUCACUUCAAGAAGGGGAUAUCAGGUGUGUCGCAGUGGACCGGCACCGAGCAUAAGGAAAUGCAGAAGGUGUUUUUGGGUGUUCUUGCCGGCGCCGUCAGCUGGGAGGUCUUCAGUGUCGCACGAGCUCUUAUCGAUUUCAUUUACUACUCACAAUUUCAAUCCCACACCACCACCUCUCUCAAUGCACUCAAAAACUGUCUGAAAACAUUUCAUCAGCACAAAGAAAUCUACAUCUGCCUUGGAAUUCGAGAACAAUUCAACAUACCCAAACUCCAUGCCAUUCUUCACUACAUCAAUGCCAUCCACGCCCUCGGUUCCACAGAUGGCUACAAUUCCGAAUCCCCCGAGUGCCUGCACAUCGAGUUUGUGCAGGAGGCGUAUCGCACUAGCAACAAACAAGACCCGAUGGAGCAAAUGGCACUGUGGCUUCAAAGGCAAGAGGCAAUGUGGAUCCGGGAGGGCUAUGUGAUGUGGCUUGAGAAAGGACUUGAAGCCAUGCUGCAUGUGCCCACGACGUCGUACAUGAUUGCCAAGAAGGCGCCCUUCAAAAAUGUGCCUGUCUCAUGGUUAGCUUCCGACUUUGGUGCUGUCGACUUCAUUCCGGCACUCACCACCUUCCUUCAUGAACACAUUCCUGGCUGCGACAUCACCCCAAAUGCUCAUGAUACAUAUGACCUCUUCAAGCAGGUCAUCGUCUCACUCCCCCCCAACCAAUAUCUCAGUGAAUUGAAGAUUCACACAAACCGCAUCAGGGCAAUUCCGGCUGUCAAGGGCAAGGGGAGGAAAGCAGGGGCGCCGGCAGUGUUUGACAUGGCCCUUGUUGGAGAGGACAUCGUGGAAUACCGAGCGUUGGGUGGUAUUGCAUGCCUUCGCGCUGCCCAAGUCUGCGCCAUCUUCUCCCUUCCUGAACAAUUUGGUUCUUAUUGCCAGCCCCUCGCAUAUAUCGAAUGGUUCACACCUUUGGGCACCCCCGAAGCUCGCACUGGCAUGCACGUCAUUAAACACUCAACUCACUACUCCCGCUGA